GUCUUCCAAUAUUUCAUUAUUUUCUGUCCACAGCUGAUCUUGGCACAAUUGCAAAUGGGCUUGACCUGCAGGGACCAAUAUUUCUUCAUGAGCCACCACAUCGCAUCGAAUUUUCAAAUAAUACUGGAGGUUUGAUUGAAUGCUCUGGACAUGGUAGUCCUCCUCCAGAGGUGGAAUGGACCCCAAUACCUCCACAACAAGAUAUGGUAUUUACACUCUCGAAUGGUAGUCUUAUGUUCUAUCCCUUUACAGCGGAGAAGUACAGACAUGAAGUACAUGCUACAGUUUACAGAUGCAAGCUGCGUAAUCUGGUGGGCACAAUACUUAGCAGAGAGGUUCAUGUGCGAGGGGUUGUCAAUCAAAAAUACACAGUUCAAGUUCACGAUGAAUACGUGAUGACUGGAAACACGGCGGUAUUGAAAUGCCAGGCACUACGCUGACGGAAACAAAAAAAC